GCCUGGCCACAAUAGCGCCUCUCUGCAAGCCCCAAGGCCCUUCACCAGCGCUCCCCACCUGGUGCCGACGCCCCGCUGAUAGACAUUACCACCGGCUGAACUCAACACCACAGUCCGGCAGUACACCGCACACAGGGAUCAUCAUCAUUCAGCUUCCUGCUACUCCCAACUCCUCAACAAGUGUCAGCCUCUGAGAGCCAGUAUGCGACUCCUGUGGGUUCUCCCACUGUUGGUGGAGGCCCAUAACAAGUCAUUUCUGCACCACUGCGCCAUCGGCUGCGACUGCCAGGAAGAGCUCAAGCAGGCCAACUGCGCCCGGGGCAUCCUCCGACACCUGCCUAGCCCGUUGCCCCCUCUCACUGAGCACCUGGACCUCUCCCAGAACCAGCUGAGCCACAUCCCCUGGCGGGCCUUCCAGACCACGCGGCGCCUCAAGACGCUGCUCCUGAACGACAACAACAUCAGCAGCGUGGCCGACGGCGCCUUCUCGCCGCUCGAGAGCCUGCUGAGGCUGGACCUGAGCCGCAACCGCAUCACCGCGCUGAGCACCGGCUUCACGCUGGGCAUGGGGUCCUUGCGCGAGCUGCUCCUGGCCGAGAACCGGCUGACCACCCUCUUCAGCCACAGCUUCCAGCACCUGGACGGCCUGCUGCGCCUCAACCUGAGCCACAACGCCAUCGUCCUGGUGCAGGUGCGUGCAUUCGGCUGCAUGAGCACGCUGCGGCAGCUGGACCUUGGGGGCAACCGACUCCAGGCGCUCGGCAGCGGCGUCUUCACCAUGCUCAAGUCCCUGGAGGUGCUGCGCCUCCAAGGCAACAACAUCAGCCAAAUCGACAUCGGCGUGUUCACGCCCCUAACCAGUCUGGCAUUACUUAACCUGGCCUGUAACCAGCUAAGGCGCAUCCACUACAAGACCUUCCUGAGCUUGCACACCUACAGCACGCACAUCCUGCUGGAGGACAACCCCUGGCACUGCGACUGCGACCUUCAGAGAGUGUUCCGGAAGCUGGGCAGCGUCCGCCGGCUCUUCCUGGACGACUACUCCAACCUGAGUUGCGCUGAGCCCCCCGAGCUACACGGAUACCGGCUGAUGGAGGUCGACACCGAGCUCUGUAUCGCUGAGACUGUCACGGUCCUCAUCAUCACUGUUACCGUGGUGAUCACCGUGGUGGCAGCUAUCGUCAUGGCAGAGAGGAAGAGGAAGAGCCGGAAAAAGGAGAAACACUGGACGGAUGGGGCUAGCGAGAUGUCCUAUGACUCUUAGACCAACAUGGACCCUUUCAAACAGCAGCACUCCUGUCUGCCCAGUGAUCCCAAACAACUAACAUAAACACUGCCAUAGCCUUCAGUUUGUACUCUGUACAAAGAUUAAAGUAGCCUCCAUGUUCUAAGACUCUGAACUACUGAGACCAAAAUUGACAAAAAUGUCUUCAAUGUACCUUUUUUCCUGUAUGCUUUUUGCAUUAUGGGAACUGCAUAAUGGGCAGAGGCGGACAGAGUACACAGCUUCAUUACUUGAGUAAAAGU